AUGGCGGCCGGCGUUGCAACUCUCAGCCCCCUGCAGGACCAUCUUGCUCUUGUGCCACAAUGGCUGCUUGGUGGACUCCAGCCACUGGAUUCGAUUCUCAUUUUUCCUGCCAUGCCUGGUAUGCCACCAGUGCUGAUCCGGCUCCAGAUCCAGCGGUUCAAGGGGUUUGUCAUUACAAAACAGAGGCUGCUGUUUGGCGGGCACGAGCUUUCGCACAACAACUCCCGUGUCAGAGACUAUGGGCUUGCCGAUGGCAAUGUUCUUCACCUUGUUGUCUGGUUAGCUGAACUCCAUGAGAUAGUAAUCGAGACUGCCCAUGGGAAGAAGUUUCGAUUCCAGGUGGAGAGUGCCCACAAAGUUGGGUAUCUCAAGAACAUGAUUACUGCUGAGACCGGGGAGCAAUUAGAGAGCCUGAAGGAUCAAAAGCUUGUGCUUGGCGACAAGGAGCUCGAGGAUCACCAGUUGAUCACUGAUAUUGCCAAAAAAGGUGAUGCGGUGAUUCACUUGUUCAUCAACCAGGCAGCAAAGAUCCAGACGAAACAUAUUGAUAAGGAAACUGUGGUCAAGCUUUCUCCUGCCAUUAUGGAAAUGAUUGACACAACAAUUGCUGGUCUAGAAAAUGGAUACCUUCCUGUCAUGUCAGAAGGAUCUGGGGGUGUCUAUUUUAUGAAGGAUAAUUCAGGCGAAAGCAAUGUUGCCGUGUUCAAGCCUAUAGAUGAGGAACCAAUGGCGGAAAAUAACCCCAGGAGCCUUCCUUUGUCAGUUGAUGGUGAGGGGUUGAAAAGGGGCACACUAGUUGGGGAAGGCGCAUUAAGGGAGGUUGCAGCAUAUCUUCUGGACCACCCAAUUGAUGGAUGCAAAUCAGAUGGUGCCGCUGGAUUUUCUGGUGUACCUCCCACUGCAUUGGUUCGUUCUUUGCAUAAGGGGAAGGAGAUUAAAAUUGGAUCUUUGCAAAUGUUUGUGCAGAAUCAUGGAAGUUGUGAGGAUAUGGGCUCUCAAGCUUUUCCUGUCAAGGAGGUUCAGAAAAUUGCCGUUUUAGAUAUUAGGUUCACGAAUGCUGAUCGUCAUGCAGGGAACUUACUGGUGUGCCAAGACGGUGAUCGCUUGCAGUUGGUUCCAAUUGAUCAUGGAUACUGCUUCCCAGAGAAGUUUGAAGAUUGUACAUUUGAGUGGCUCUACUGGCCUCAAGCUCGCGAGCCCUUCAGCACUGAAACCCUAGCAUACAUCAAGUCGCUAGAUGCUGUUGAGGUUGAAGACAUUGCCCUCCUCAAGUUCCAUGGGUGGGAGCUGUCUCCUCAGUGCGCUGGAGUUCUUCAGGUCAGCACCAUGCUCCUGAAGAAGGGUGCGGAGAGGGGCCUCACUGCGUACGACAUUGGUAGCAUCAUGUGCAGAGAAGUGGUGACGAGAAAAUCUGAAAUCGAGUUUCUGAUGGAGGAAGCAGAGGACUAUGUUCUUCCAGACACGAGCGAGGAAACGUUCUUGGAGACAGUAUCGGAGAUCAUGGACGGUUACCUUGACAAGGUACUGCCAGGUUAG